CGAGAACCAGCGCCGCCUCUCCUCCUUCUCGUCGUGGAGCGAGACCAGCCUCCUCCCGACGGACCGCCACGGCCCGUGGUCCGACGGGCUGCUCGAGCGGCGAUACGCGGGCGGGCUGCCGUCGGUCGAGCCGCCCCCAGGCUGGGAGUGGGCGGACGAGAGCUGGUCGCUGUUCCUCGCGCCAAAGGAGCAGCCGCGCGCCGCGGCCCGCCAGGCUGGGGCCGCGCCCGCGGGCGCGGCCGACGGCUGGGAGUAUGCGACCAACUGGCCGGCGCCGGCGGGCAGCCACCGCGCGAGCGACGCCAUCAACCCGAACCGCUGGCACACCGAGCCGACCGCCUCCACGUUUGUGCGCCGCCGCCGCUGGGUGCGCCGGCGGCGGCGAGCCGACUGCCCCGCCGCGCUCAGGGCGCGGCUGCUCGCGGUCGAUGUCGAGGAGAGCGGCGCCUCUGUCCGGAUUCGCAUUUCGGACGGCUCCGCGCGCGCGCCGCAGUACGUGCUGGAGAACGCGUCCGCCGCGAGCUUGCUCGUCUCGCAAAAAGGGCAGCCGGCGGCGCCCGCGGUGCUGUUGCCGCCGGGCGCGUGCAAGGCGUUCGUGUGGCCGGCCGUGUCGAGGGAGCACUGCCUGCUCGUCGCGCUCGAGAGCGGCGAGCCGACCGCCGUCAAGUUCGACGAGGUUGGCUUCGAGGCGACGAUGGACUGGGGCGGCCUCCCCAUCGCGCUCAUGGUGGUGGCGCGCGGCAACACGCGGACGCUGAUCGCGGCGCCGAAGCUCGACGUGCCGGCGGCGCCGACGGCGAGCACCCUCCUCUUCCACGUGCACAUGGCUGGCAUCGGCGUCUCGCUCGUGCGCUCGGGCGUCGAGGAGCUCGCGUACCUCAGCCUGGCGCGGAUCGGCAUGGUCUUCGACGCGUCGGCCGCGGCGCACAAGUUCGGACUCACCGUCGGCGACCUGCGGCUCGACAACCAGACGCGCGCCGCAACGCUGCCCGCGGUCCUCAUCCGCUCGUCUUACGUCAUCCGCCAGCGCAACCUCAUCGAGGAGACCACGAGCGCGGCGCAGAAGCGCGUGCCCUGCCUGACGCUGGCCGUCGACCGAAAUGUCCUCGAGUACGGCGUCGCCAACGCCGGCCAGUCAUUCCGCCAGCUCGUGCUCGCGGUCGACGAGUUCGACGCGCAGGUGGAGGAGUCGUUCGUGCGCGCGCUCGCUGGCUUUGCCGCGACGCUGCACACGCCCCGUGCCGGCGCGGCGCAAGCCAGCGCGCAGCCGGCGGCGGCGGCGCCGCCGCCGCCGCUGACGCCGCGGAUGGACGAGAAGAGGCGGGCGAGGACGUUGCGCUCCUCUCGACGAAAGAGCGCCGAAGGGCGGCACACGUCGCGCUUUAGCGCGGCCUCAGCCUUCAAGGACGUGCCGCGUAUGUCGAUGGAUCUCGCGACGGGCGCGUCCGGGAUGCGGCUGGCCGGCGACGACCACUCCGAGCUCACGCUGAGGCGUGCCGUCUCCAGUGUCAGCGCUGCUUCGAUCGACUCGGCCCGCAGCUCAAGAAGGCGCUCCACUGAGGCCUUCCCGGCCCCCGCGACGCUCCACGAACCCUUCGCUCCGCCGGCUGCACCCGGAGCCGGCCGGUCCCCUCCCGGCGGCGACGCCCUGCCGCCGUUGACGCCGUCCGCCAAGGGCGGCGGCGGCAGCGGCGGCGGAGGCGGAGGUGGUGCGGCCGGUGACAAGCCGCCCUUGGCGGAGGAGAAGUGGCACUUCCACGAGCUGCAGAUUGCGCCGCUGAGGCUCAACGUGAGCUACACGCAGAGCCGCGACGCGGACGGCGAGCAGCCCCGCGGCGCGCUCGAGCGGACGGCGAUCCCCAACCUCGACCGCACCCCUCUCGUGCUCGAGCGGGUCGUGCUGCGCGACACGUUCACCACGCCGCGCCAGCUGGCGCACGCGAUCCUCGCCAACUACCAGGCGGCGCUGCGCCGCCAGAUCUACCGGCUCGUGCUCAACAUCGAGGUCUUCGGCAACCCCAUCGGGCUCGUCAAGGGCCUCGGCGCUGGCAUGCGCGACUUGGUCAUGCUCCCCGCGCGAGGACUGCUCGAGUCGCCAGAGGACUUUGGGCGCGGCAUCGUCAACGGCUCGUGGGCCUUCAUGCGAGGCGUGGUCGGCGCGCCCUCGCGCACGGUGUCGCAGGUGACGGGCUCGCUCUCGCGCCGCGUCACCGCCCUCUCGAUGGACGGCGCCUACAUCUCGGACCGCGCCGCGAGGGAGCGCGCGCGGCGCGACGUGCGCGGGCAGGGGCCGAGGCACGCCGUGGACGGGCUGCGGUACGGCGCCGAGGGGCUGGGGCGCGGCGUGGUGGAGGGCGUGGCGGGGCUGCUCUCGCAGCCGAUCGAGGGGGCGCAGACGCAGGGGCUGCGCGGCUUCGUGAAGGGCGCGGGCAAGGGGCUCGUCGGCCUCGCGCUCAAGCCGGCGGCGGGGAUGCUCGACCUGGCGUCGCGCACGAUGGAGGGCUUCGCAAACACGUUCGAGUACGUGGAGGACGCGCGCGGCGCGACGCACGAGCGGGCGUCGGACCCGCACGAGAGGAUGCGGCUGCCGCGCAUGCUGUACGGGCAGGAGGGGGCGAUCUACCCCUACAGCAACGACGCGGCCGUCGCGCGCAUCGUGCUGCAGUCGCUGCGCGCGGGCGUCUACCUGCGAGAGCCUCUGCUGCUCUGCAAGAUGCUCUCUGAGGGGGAGGUGGUGCUGCUCACCGCCAACAGGUUGCUGCUCGCCGCGACGAAGGACCACCGCUGCCACCGCCACUACCCCCUCCACGUCAUCUCUUCGGUCGCCCGCGGCAGCAACGAGCGCACGGUACUGCUCUCGCUUCGGCCGGCGAGCAACGUGCGCAGGUCGCCGGCGGCGGCCGACUCGCAGGCGGAGCCGGGAGGCGCCACCCCGCGGCGCGUCUCCAUCGUGACGCAGCGCCGCUCCUCGGUCCGCGCCGACGCGCCGGCGUCGCCGGCGUCGCCGCGCUCGCCGCGCUCGCCGCGCUCGCCGCGGCUGCGCACCGUGGCGUCUUCGAUGCCGCCCUCCGAGCCCCUCCGCCGGACGUCGACCGGCGGCAGCGGCGUGUUUGGCGGCGGCGGCGGCGGCGGCGGCGAGGGAGACGACAUGGGCUCUGGCGCCGAGCUGUCGACGCCGAGGGGGACCCGCCUCCCGCGCCCCUUCGCGCGGGUUAGCAGCGCGCUGCGGCGAAAGCCCACGCAGAUGGUGCACGAGAUCGUGUGCAGCAGCGCGUCGGACGCCGGACUCGUGCACCACCUCGUCACGCUCGCCGUCGGCGCGGUGGAGCGCGGUCAACCGAUGGCGCAGCCGAAGCGUCGGAUGCCGGGCAGCGCCUCCCUGCCUUCGGCAAGCGGCAGCAGGACGGAGGCGGAGGAGGACGGCUCCCUCGCAGCGGUCUCCCUCACAGCGGUCUCGCUGCCGGCGCGCGCGCGGAGAGAGGAGGACGCCCUCUCACCGAUGAGCUGCCCGAGCUCGCCGGAGAGGCCCUUCAUGCGGACUCUAGCCACGACGAAGAGCUGCCCAAGCUCGCCAGACAGGGACGCGCGAGCGGUGCUUCAGGCGGACGGGCGCCGUCGCGCAUCCGUCCGCUGGCAGAGCGUCCCUGAUCUGCCUCCAUUGCCGGCGAGCGGGUCUGAGGUCGAGACCUCGAAUGAGGCGUCGCAGAAGCUCCGGGCGCUGUCGGACGAGCAGGAAUCCGAAUGACCCCCCCCCCCCCUCUGGACAAGUCAAGCUUAGCUCCGUAAUGUAUUCCCGGGACUGUCGCUCACAGUCCCGGCUCCCGCCAGGGGGACACUCUGUCGCAGGUCUUGACUCCGAGUCGCCUUUUUUCCUACGUUGUGUGUGUGUGUGCAUGAGAGAGGUUUAUACGUACGUUUACGUACCGGAACCGGGAGGCUCCAGUGAUAUGUCCAAAA